UUCAAGAGCUUCUUCUUUGAAUUUACCGAAUUUCAUUCUCCGACUCAUUUCCCAGUUCUGUUCUGUGAUAAGAAGACCGUGUUUUUUCUAGUUCCUCCUAAAAUAUGUUUAGUUGUUACCAGUGUGUUUUAUCCUUUAGGUGAUGUAUUAAACUAGAGUAAAACCUUGUUUACUUGUUGAUGAUAGUAAUUUGCACCGAUUUAAGCACAAGUGAUUGACCUUGGCUUAUUUUCUGAAUAUUAAUUUUAAGGCUCUAUCCGAUGUUCGCUCGCUUUUCAAGUUUGUCUCAACUUUUGUCAUCGUUAAACUGCGUUUCGAACCAUCUGUUCUAUAUCCCUUCAGUCGCAUGAUUCCAAACUGGUGUGAAUGAGAAACUGGGAUAUUGCUAUCACCUGAGGAUUAGAUUGGCUCGGAAUUUUGGAAACAUAAAUUCCAUCUGGAUCUGUCAUCUUUUUGUAUUAUGAAAAAUGAAAGAACUGAACUCUCUCAUUUGCCUAAACACUUUCUGUAUUCCUGCCAAUCAAGUAAUUCCCUCAUUUCUGUAUCAGUUAUCUCUGUGGAGUGGAAAAGCCUUCAUGAGGUGAUGAUCCUCCGUAAAAAUGUCUGUCGAAGCUAGUCCGAGCCUUGACGAUGAAAGAGGGCACGCCUCAGCUGAGUCCGAUUACGAUGAGUACCUAGUAAUCCCCGGUGACAUUGACACCGUCUCUGGAGAAGUAACGGAGCAUAGAAUUCCUGAAGAUGGAUCCGAUGAAAGUUCCUCUUGGCCUUUUUCUAGAGUCCAUAAACCACCACAGAAGUUCAAGGCCUCUGAUCGUACUGUUUUUAUACCUGGAGUUCCAAUUGAAUUAAAAUUCACUGGUUAUGAACGUACAGUGACAACUCACCUACUAAAUCCAAACUUGUAUACGAUAGAACUGAAACAUGGCGAUUUCUCUUGGACCAUUAAGAAACGUUACAAGCAUAUUCAGCAUCUACAUCAGCAGCUUCGAAUUUAUCGGGCUACGCUCAACAUUCCUUUCCCAACAAAAGCUCACAAAGAAAAGCGUCAAAGCUACAAAAUGAACACACUCCAAAAUAAACUAAAAAAUAAAGGAGCAUUACCCAGGUUUCCUGAAACUCCUGAUGCGUUAGUAGCUGAUGACAGAAUAGAAGCCAGAAUGCAACAACUAGAACAAUAUCUAUCCAGCCUGCUCCAGAUUAACAUUUAUAGGAAUCAUUAUGAAACCGUAUCGUUUUUUGAAGUCAGCCAUUUGACUUUCAUCCGAGAGUUGGGUAUCAAAGGAAUGGAAGGCAUGAUACUAAAAAGAACUGGCAGCACGCAUUACGGCAGGAGUCCUUGCUCCUGUUGUGGUCUGUGUAACUGCGGUCUUUGUGCCAGGUGCAGGUAUCUUUGCGGCGACAUCUUCGGCGGUUGGCGAACACGGUGGCUAAUCGUCAAAGAAUCUUUCAUCGCUUACAUUUACCCAAAAGACGGUACAAUCAAAGGUGUCAUACUGUUUGAUCAUGGUUUCGAAAUAUCGUCAGGUAUGUUUUCCACAGGGCUACGCAACGGUCUCUACAUCAGGAAUUCCUCCCGGGAAUUCAUCGUCAAGUGCCCCACUCAAAGAAUUGCGAAGGAAUGGAUGAGUUUUGUGAAAGAGAUGACCGCAACAGCAGGGCUCAAGUAUAUUCAAGGCAACAGGUACCGGUCGUUUGCUCCUGUUCGGUCUUCGAUCACUGCGAAUUGGUUUGUGGAUGGCUGCGAUUACAUGUCGGCAGUUGCCGAUGUUCUGGAGCAAGCGAAAGAAGAAAUUUUUAUAACUGACUGGUGGCUGAGUCCGGAAAUCCAGAUGAAGAGGCCUGCUGUUGAAGGUGAUAGAUGGCGACUCGAUAACAUUUUGUACCGCAAAGCUGCUCAAGGUGUGAAAGUCUUUGUGUUACUUUACAAAGAAGUGGAGUUGGCCUUAGGAAUCAACAGCUUCUACAGCAAACAAAGGCUGGUCGGUGGACACUCUUCAAAUAUCAAAGUUUUGCGUCACCCUGACCAAGCAAAAGUGGGCAUGUUUUUCUUGUGGGCGCAUCAUGAGAAGAUUGUAGUCGUUGAUCAGUCUUAUGCUUUCGUCGCUGGGAUAGAUCUUUGUUACGGAAGAUGGGAUGACUACAGACACAGGUUGACCGAUCUUGGUAGCGCUAUUCAUCUCAACCCAAAAGUGCAUUCAUCUUCAGUGUCCUUGCCGCUAACUGAUAGUCCUCCUCAACCAUCCGCCAAUGGGCUAUCAGCAAAAUUAGAUGUAAGAAACAGAAGUACUUCCGAGAUAGAUGGAAUAAAUGAUAGUCCGAAACCAGAAAGGUCUCUAAAUCAAAAAGUUCGUCUCAGACUGGCCAUCGACGAAACUAUGAUGAAUCAACCAAGUCCAGAAAACAUCAAAUGCGAGACACCAGAACCAAAAGACAAAAGUUUGAUGGAAAAAGUGAAAACACGUGGUAGAGAAUUCAUGAGUCAGUGGAGCACCGAUAGUCCAACUCUCAGUAGUGAUGAAGAAAGUCUGGCUGGAGAUGGCCCCUCCAAGAAUGACAAAACAAAGUCUGCUGGAGAGUCGCCGAUGUGUAAAGCAUCUUCCAUAAUACCUGAAGUCAACCCGAUGCUCAGCAAUUUGACCGGGUGUGCAAAAUUAUGGUUCGGCAAAGACUACACCAACUUCAUAGUCAAAGACUUCCACAAUUUAGACCUGCCGUAUCAAGAUUUAGUCGAUCGAAAUCACACACCUAGAAUGCCGUGGCAUGAUAUAGGAGUCAUGGUGACUGGGAACGCCGCUCGUGAUGUCGCAAGACAUUUUAUUCAAAGAUGGAAUGCCAUUAAAGUAGAAAAAGCUAAAUUAAAUCCUUUAUAUCCAUACCUGCUGCCCAAAGCGGACAAAGAGUACAUCAGGCCCAUCAGAUUCAAGAAUUCGCACAGAUCUAAUGUUAAAUGUCAGGUUGUCAGAAGUGUUGGCCACUGGAGUGCAGGAUUUUUGGACGAAGAUCUGUGGGAAGGGAGUAUUCAUGAAGCGUAUGUAGACAUUAUUGCGAAGUCUCGCCACUACAUCUACAUUGAAAAUCAGUUUUUCAUCACUUCUUGCGGUAAUCCUGUUCAGAAUCAAGUUGGUAAUGCUCUCUACAAAAGGAUUUUGCGAGCGUAUAGGGAAAAGACAGUUUUUCGUGUAUUCAUCAUUAUUCCACUCUUACCUGGUUUCGAGGGUGAAGUCGGGAGUCCAUCUGCAACUGCGCUAAAUGUGAUAACUUAUUGGAAUUACUGCUCAAUCUCCAGAGGGAAUAACUCAAUAAUCAGUCGACUGAAAGCAGCUGGCAUUGCUGAUCCCUCAGAGUACAUUACAUUCCAUGGAUUAAGAAAUCAUUCAGUACUCAACGAAGAUCUCGUAACGGAACUAAUCUAUGUACAUUCAAAGCUAUUAAUAGCUGAUGACGAUACCGUUAUCUGUGGCUCAGCAAACAUUAAUGAUCGAAGUAUGAUGGGCAAGAGAGACUCAGAAUUAGCGUUGGUCAUUCAGGAUGCUGAAUUUAAAGAAGGGGUCAUGAAUGGCAAACCUACUCCGAGUGGUCGUUUCGCCGGCUCUCUGAGGAGGCGUCUAUUCCGUGAGCACCUCGGCAUUCUCGGAGGAAACUGCAGUGAUUUAAGAGAGAAACAACUCAUUGAUGUCUCUGAUCCAAUCGCACAUUCCUUCUAUCAUGAUGUUUGGAGGAAAUUUGCUGCGUCUAAUACCACCAUUUUCGAGGAGGUUUUCAACUGUAUGCCUACAGAUCUAGCCGUUGAUUUCUUAUCCCUGAAACGAUUCCAAGAAGAAAUUCCACUCUGUCGAUCAGAUAAAGAAGCCGCAAAGGAAAAAUUGAAAAAUAUCCAGGGUCAUCUUGUAGAUCUCCCAUUGAACUUCUUGCAGAAUGAAACUCUAACUCCGAGCAUGAACUCAUUACAUGGUAUCAUUCCAACGGCUGUUUGGCUGUAAAAUCAUCCUUUUAUAUCUCAAUUUGUCCAGUAUUCCUUUGUAAGUGUCUUAUUUUUUGAAGGCUCAGUAUUAUUCUUGAGGAACCAUUAAAGUAUUACAUGCAGCUCGGUGCCAACUAAUCAUGUAUACGAAUUAAAUCUAUCGUACUCCACUUUGUGGCAUUUCAAAUGAAGACGCUUUUAACCCUUCUCCGUCCUUCUGCGUUCAAAAGCAAUUUAAAACUCAAUUUUGAAAAAAUCUGCAAGGGCCCGUUUUGAAGUAAGCCCUUCAAUUGCCGUCGAAUUUUUGAAGUUUGACAAACUUCUCACCAACUGUCCUAGAUUCGAGCUCUAAGUUUAUAAAACUUUUUUAUUUCUUAGACAGCCUGCUAUGGACAGUCAUUAAAUUUUUAAAUGUUAUUCAAGUUGUUAUUUAGUUACCACACUUUUCUGUGAUGUCAUGUAAGAAUGUUUUUAUUUACAUCUAUUGAUGUGCACAAGUUACAAUAAGUUUUUAAGUUUUACUCAGCUGAUUCAUUUUUAAUUACAUCAUUGGGUCUAUAAAUUACUUAUACUGAUCAAUCUAUAACAGAAAAAACAAACAAACCUUAUUAUGGUGCUCUAAAAGACAGAAACUUAUGGCAAGGUUUCAUGACUUACCUGAAUAA